UUUUUUAAAUGGUGAAAUCAAAUCAAAGACCAUAAAUGAAACGUCAUCCACAAGAUUUUUUUCGCAACGGUGUCGGGGGUCACAAUCACUGUCAUUUACUCACGUAUGGUGGUCAAUGGAGCAAAAACUCCCUUGGGCCCUUUGCAAGCAGAAUGAGUGCCACUUCCGCAUGCCAGCCGGAGAGAGUGAAGCCUUGAUGAGGUUUUUAAGAUAUACACUGAUCUGGCUACAUUCAGAGAAGAAGAGUCCAGCUCAGCCAGAGCAGGAGAGUAUUGUGGCAAGUUGGAACAGCUCCAGACUUUGAAACAUAACCUUGACCUUGUGAAAGACACAGAGGACAAUGAGACUAUCCUCCAGAACACUUAUGACCCUGACCAGGGCAGCCCUUGUUUCACCAAGAACAAGCUCAGGGAGAGGGAGGUAGCAGAGAAGGGAGCUGCCUCCAGCCUCAGUGCAGCAGGAGGACACUUCUAACAUUUAGAUCGACCAGACUGACAAUACUGCAGGAAAUGCCAAAACAGCCAAAUCCAAGGCCUCCUUGGAGUCGGAAGGUCCUGGGAAUAUACAUAGGAGAAAGAAUAACAAAGGGAAGAGGAGAGGAGGAGGUGUCUGGGGCCCAGAGUGGGGCUGCGUUGGAACUCAAGGAUGAGUUACUCCAUGAGUACCGGUAGCAGAUGGCACAGGAAGUGGAGAGGGCUACCGUGAAGAAGACUGUACACAAGAAGUCAACAACGGACAAGACCAACGCUGCCCCUCAGGAAGCAGUAACAUUAAACAAUGAAGGUGCAAAGAAGAAGAACAAGCUGAGGUCGUCAUUGGAUUCUGAGAGGGAGACGAGGUGUGUAGAAGUCUUGCAGGAUGAACUUUCAUAACUCCAGUGAGGUUUGCAUGAACCUGUAAGGAAGCAUAUGGUAGAAGAUCUGCAGAAUCGCCAGUCCGAAGACAUCACUGAGAGGAUGAGGUCCAAGGAGAAGAGUCAAGAGAGCCACGACGAGGAGGAUGCAGUAGAAUCUUUCAAAUCCAAAGGCAAAAAAAAAAAAGAGAAUAAAACAAGGUUGUGGGUACUAACUGAGUGUGGCGUAUCGACAGCAAACUGCAUCCACAGCUGUUCUGUCCUCCUCCCCGGAGCAAGAGACAAGACCAUGGAGGUGGUAGACUGCUGGAGGAGAUACAGAUAACAGAUACACAUCCACCCUUUACAUCACUGCAAAAGGCCUUAAACUACCUGAUCAUGUACAUAUCUGCUUUAACAAAACUACCAUUACUAUGUAGUAGUAGUAGUAGUAGUAGUAGAAGAAGAAAUCCAAUCUUUAUCAAUCGGCAGUUCCUUUUCUGUAUGCCAAGGAGUGAGCUGUGGUUUGGUCCGAGUUGCAGAGUGAGUUCACCAGGAGAAACGACACACAACCUGUGCUCGUCCGCUGGAGGGGAAUCUCUGUUGUAAGCAUCAUGUUCUAUCUCUGUUUCCAUGUUUUAGUAUCUAACAGUAUCCAACUGCUUCCCAACUCAAGUGUUGUCCAAUUGUUCUUCUCAAGUCGUGAUGGUACGUUGAGAAACACAACUUUGAGACAACAUUGACACCAUUUUCUGUGGUGGUUGUGUGUUUGCCAGAAAAUGCCAUUAAAUUGUCUUCAGUUGUGUUAUUUGAUGAAGUUGUAUAUGUGUUGUAGGUGUGCCGGAUCCCCAAUAAGCCCAUGCUGUCGUUCCGUGGUGGUCAGAUGGGUUGUUUUACCGUGUGCUUCUCCCACAACGGCAGGAGGCUGGCUGCUGCAUGUGCUGACAGACUUUAACCACUCAUCAGAUCUCUCUCUAACCCUCACCCUACUCUACUGCCUUCUGUAUUUAGAUAGACGUGCCAAUCUACUUUACUUCUUGUUAUUCUUGUGAUCUAAAGCCGAAUUGACCACCUGCAAAAACCUGCCCUCCUUACUUACUGCUGCGAUAUCCGUCAAGUGUUUUGCUGCAAAGUGCAUUUUCCCAUUGAAGGGCUGAUGAUGAGAUUUCUGUGUAUUAGCGGUAUUAUUGAAUUAGCAUCUAAUCCUUUUUUUUUCAUUUUUUUUUCAGUUUGAGAUUCCUUCAGAAAAUGUGUUGGCUGCCUUCAACAGCUUCCAGAUCUCUGCUGGUCCAGAGACGACCAGAGUCUGCUGUCUACCUCCUGACGGCACCUCAAAAACACCCUGCCUGGGAAAGAGAGAUGGACCUGAACUCGAUCCUGCCUUCUCCGUCCCUCCUGCCACCACAUUCCAAACUGCAGCUGGUUGGUUCCCUUGGAGCUCAGUUCAUCCCCCAGUCAACCCUCACCUCCCAGAACCCUAGUUUCACCCCAGUGGGCGAGCGUCUAGGAAGAGCUCCAUCUCGCAGGCUACAGACCAAGUUAUCUGAUCAUCUGUCUACAGCCAAUAGAGUAGAAGCAGAUUCUUUGGUACCAGUUCAUCAAACGGUUUUCUCUUUGUAUGACUACAGUGCCCACCGGUCAGAUGAGUUAACUGUACCGUGUGGUGACGCCAUCCGUGUGCUCUACGAAGACAACAGGGGGUUUGGACAUCAUGGAUACCUCCCAGCUACCUAUGUUGUGGAAGAACGGGAUUACAACGAGGAGCUGUCUCGUGCCCUAGAGGCCCGGUCUGCCCUGUCUGAACGGACUGACCUAUCAGUCCCUCUGUCUGAACGGACUGACCAAUCAGAUGAGAGGUUGACGCCUACCAAGGUGUCUGCUACCGUUGUCUCUGGAGAAGUCAAGUUAAUUUCUGAGCUGGACACAGACCCUGAGCAGCCUGCUGCCACCAAAGUGAAGAAGAAAACAAAGAAGUUAGUGAAGAAGUUCAAAGCUCCGUCAUCCCCACCACCAGCCACAUCCUCUGACCCUGAUGUCCCAGAAUCAUCAUCUACCAAGAGGAAAACCAAGGCUGCAGACAGCAAACCACUGACCCCCAGCCCCAGGAGAGGACAGUCCAAUAGCGCCUUCGAGCCUGAUACCUAGACCCAUGGAUCUAUGGUUAAGAGUACACUAAGAGUAAAGAGUUUAAAGCUAAAUUCCUCUUUGAACAGAAGAUAAGUAUGUUUAUAAGGAAACUAUCCUGUAAAGCUUAAACGUAUUGCUUUUUUCACCAAUAUGUUUUAAAUGUCUGUAUACAGUGCCCUCGGAAAAGUAUUCAGACCCCUUGACUUUUUGCACAUUUUGUUACUUUACAGCCUUAUUCUAAAAUGUAUUAAAUCGUUUAUUUCCCCUCA